AUGGCAGACAACGCCGGCUUGGAAAACCACCGCAUCAAGAGCUUUAAGAACAAGGGGCGCGAUGUCGAGACUAUGCGAAGACAUCGGAAUGAAGUGACGGUGGAGUUGAGAAGGAAUAAACGAGACGAACACCUACUGAAGAAGAGAAACGUCCCACAGGAGGAGAGUCUGGAGGACUCUGACGUUGAUUCAGACUUCAAAGGGCAAAAUAUCAGACUUGAUGCCAUUUUACAGAACGCCACCAGCGACAAUGCAGUCAUCCAGCUCAACGCUGUGCAGGCGGCCAGAAAAUUGCUCUCCAGUGACAGAAACCCCCCCAUCGACGACUUGAUAAAGUCUGGCAUCUUGCCUAUUUUAGUCAAUUGCCUGGAAAGAGAUGACAACCCCUCUCUUCAGUUUGAGGCCGCUUGGGCUCUGACCAACAUUGCCUCUGGGACGUCAGCACAAACUCAAGCUGUGGUUAAAUCCAAUGCAGUGCCAUUGUUCUUGCGACUGCUCCUAUCUCCUCAUCAGAACGUAUGCGAACAGGCUGUUUGGGCUCUGGGAAACAUUAUAGGUGAUGGGCCAGAGUGCAGGGACUACGUUAUUUCCCUGGGCGUGGUCAAGCCUCUGCUCUCAUUCAUCGACCCCUCCUUUCCCAUUACUUUCCUGCGCAACGUCACGUGGGUCAUAGUCAACCUCUGCCGCAAUAAGGACCCGCCCCCGCCCAUGGAAACGGUGCAAGAGAUUUUGCCUGCCCUCUGUGAGCUAAUACAUCACACUGAUAUAAAUAUCCUUGUCGAUACAGUUUGGGCUUUGUCCUACCUUACGGACGGUGGCAACGAGCAGAUCCAGAUGGUCAUCGACUCUGGCGUGGUUCCGCUUCUCGUGCCUCUCCUCAGCCACCAGGAGGUCAAAGUGCAGACGGCAGCUCUGCGGGCGGUGGGAAACAUUGUAACCGGCACAGACGAGCAGACGCAAGUUGUUCUCGACUGCGAGGUUCUCAGAUUCUUCCCAAAGUUGCUUACACACCCAAAAGAAAAGAUCAAUAAGGAAGCCGUGUGGUUCCUGUCCAAUAUUACAGCAGGGAAUCAGCAGCAAGUCCAAGCUGUCAUCGAUGCCGGACUCAUCCCCAUGAUCAUUCACCAACUGGCCAAGGGUGACUUUGGCACUCAGAAGGAGGCAGCGUGGGCUAUCAGCAACCUCACCAUCAGUGGAAGAAAAGACCAGGUGGAGUACCUUGUGGACAAGAACGUCAUCCCACCCUUCUGCAACCUGAUGAUGGUGAAGGAUCCCCAGGUCGUUCAGGUCGUCCUCGACGGCCUCAAAAACAUCCUCAUCAUGGCAGGCGAGGAAGCUAGCAAUAUUGCCGAGAUCAUCGAGGAAUGCGGGGGUUUGGAGAAGAUCGAGCACUUGCAGCAACAUGAAAAUGAGGAUAUCUACAAACUAGCCUUCGAGAUUAUUGAUCAAUACUUUUCAGAUGACAUUGAUGAAGAUUCCAACGUGAUCCCGGACAGCACUCAAGGAGGAACCUUCAACUUUGACCCCGCUUCCAACAUGCAAACAAAGGAGUUUAAUUUCUAA